GCCGAGCCAGGCAAGCAAAGCAAGCAAGCAAGCAAGCAAGCAGGCAGGCAGGCAGGCAGGACGGACUCCAGCCUCACAUUCAGGGACCGACGCGAACGUAUGGACAGCAAGACGCUCUUUUCUCUCAUUAAAGUUCCCUGACAUUUAUUUACCACAUUUAUAACAGGAAGUUUCCCUUUGGUGACAAGUGGGAGUGCGACGCCGUGCGUCCAGCUAGCAAGUUCGGUUGCGUUGGGCAUUGUGGACACUUCCAGAAAGCGAAAAGUUUGCAUUGGAUCUUUUUAAGGAAUGCCUGUGAUCAUUAGCGGGCCUCCAGACAGGUAACCAGGUGCUGCCGUCAUGGCGAGGCCAGCGAGGUGCCUGACUGGUUUUGCUGUGGUCACGCUGGCCCUGGUGGUGCUGAUGGCGUCUGUGGAAGUGGAUCAUGAGUGGCACUUCAAUGCAGCUCAGUGUCGUUACGCCCUUGGGAUGGAGGAUGGCAGCAUCCCAGACUCUGACAUCAGUGCCUCCAGUGCCUGGUCUGACUCCACCGAGGCCAAGCAUGGAAGGUUGAGCACAGGAGAAGGGGAUGGAGCUUGGUGCCCUGCAGGCGCUGUCUUCCCCAGUGGAGCUGAAUACCUUCAGGUGGACCUGCGCAAACUCCACUUCCUGGCACUGGUGGGCACGCAGGGUCGCCAUGCCGAUGGGCACGGCCAGGAGUUUGCCCGUAGUUAUCGGCUCCACUACUCCCGAGACGGAGUGAAGUGGAUCACCUGGAAGGACCGUUGGGGCCAGGAAGUGGUGUCAGGGAACGAGAACACCUACGAUGUUGUUCUGAAAGACUUGGGGCCUCCCAUAGUGGCCCGCAUGGUGCGCUUCUACCCACUGGCUGACAGGGUCAUGAGUGUCUGCCUUCGAGUGGAACUCUAUGGCUGUGUGUGGACGGAUGGUUUAAAGGCGUAUACAGCUCCAGUGGGCCAUGUCAUGAAUCUAUCAGGCAUGCCCGUCUACCUGAAUGACUCCACCUACGAUGGAAGCACAGAACAAAGGAUGCAGUUUGGUGGCCUGGGUCAGCUGUGCGACGGCGUCCUGGGAGGAGAUGACUUCAUAGAAACCAAAGAGCUGAGGGUGUGGUCGGGCUACGACUACCUGGGCUGGAACAGAGAUGUUCUCGGGAAGCCCAGUGUGGACAUUGAGUUCUACUUUGAGAGGCCACGCGUCUUCCAUACCAUGCAGGUGCACAGUAACAACCGUCACACUCAGGGUGUGCGGGUGUUCAACAAAGUGGAGUGUCUCUUCAAGCCCGGCAUCCUCCAGCCGUGGUCGUCUCCCGCCCUCACCCUGCCAGUCCCCCUGGAGGACCUGAAGGAUCCCUCUUCUCGGACCAUCUCCCUGCCACUGGGGGCACACGUGGCUCAAAUCCUGCACUGCAAGUUCUACUUCGCAGACCGCUGGCUGCUCCUCAGUGAGAUAUCGUUCCUCUCUGAGCCUUUUGAAAAGGAUGUCACACAGACAAAUUCCAUCCUUCCCACCACAAGUUCAUCUCCGUUCCCCAACCGCACCUCUUCUUCCUCCCCAGCGCCCAGUCUCAGCGCCUCUAAUACCACCACUGCACCUCCCACCAUUGCCAACUCCACCUUCACGAUGGACACCACUGCUAACUGGAUGCUGUCAGGCUCGGAGUUUGCCGCCGUGUCUCCAAAGGCGGGGCUUCCGGUGGCCAAGGACGACAGCAGCAACACAGCCAUUCUGAUUGGCUGCCUGGUGGGCAUCAUCCUGCUGCUGCUGGCUGUCAUUGCCGUCAUCCUGUGGAGGCAGUACUGGAAAAAGCUGCUGGGGAAGGCCCAGAACAGCCUCUCAAGUGACGAGCUGCGCGUCCACCUGUCCGUCCCCUCGGACAACGUGGUCAUCAACAACACGCACAGCUACUCCAGCCGCUACCAGCGCAUACACACCUUCCCAGAUGACCCCGAGCGGGAGGGCGAGUGCGAGUACCAGGAGCCCAGCGCCUUGCUCCGCCCACGGGACCACCGUGACAGCACGGAUCACAGGAAAGGCUCCGGGCCCAGCACCUGUCAGACUGAGGAAAAGAACCUCAAUGUGCCCCAUGCCUGUGGACUGGAUUUGGACCUGGAGAAGAGUUUCCCCCUGUCGCAGGACGAGCCUCCUCCCUACCCCGGGUCGCCGCCAUACCCUGCUCUGUCCCCGCCCGUGUCCCCCCCGCUGCCCCCCAGUGUGCCGCACUACGCCGAGGCCGACAUUGUGAGCCUGCAGGGCGUCAGCGGCAACAACACCUAUGCCGUGCCCGCCCUGGCCUCGUCCAGCCCUGGUGGGCCGGAUGCUGCCCCCUUACCAGAGCUUCCCAGACAGUGUCUGAUCUUCAAGGAGAAACUCGGGGAGGGACAGUUUGGCGAGGUGCACCUGUGUGAAAUAGAAAACCCUCAAGACCUCCCCAACCUGGAGUUCCCCUUCAACGUGAGGAAAGGUCGCCCUCUGCUGGUGGCUGUCAAGAUACUGCGGCCUGACGCUUCCAAAAAUGCCAGGAACGACUUCCUGAAGGAGGUGAAGAUCCUCUCACGCCUGAAAGACCCCAACAUCAUCCGUCUGCUGGGGGUGUGUGUGAGCAGCGACCCCCUGUGUAUGGUCACAGAGUACAUGGAGUGCGGAGACCUCAACCAGUAUCUCUCCCACCGAGUGCUGCUGGACAAGACCGGGCCUUCACACAACACUCCGACCAUCAGCUACCCGGCUCUUAUCUCCAUGGCCAGCCAGAUCGCCUCCGGCAUGAAGUUUCUCUCCUCGCUCAACUUUGUGCACCGCGAUCUGGCCACACGCAACUGCCUCGUGGGCGGCGAGAGGGGAGAGAGUGGAGGCGACCCGAGCGGUGAGCGCCACAUCAAGAUUGCCGAUUUCGGUAUGAGCAGGAAUCUGUAUGCGGGAGACUACUACAGGAUCCAAGGCCGAGCUGUGCUGCCCAUCCGCUGGAUGGCCUGGGAGUGCAUCCUCAUGGGUAAGUUCACCACCGCCAGCGAUGUGUGGGCGUUCGGAGUCACCCUGUGGGAGAUGCUGAGCGUCUGUCAGGAGCAGCCUUACUCCAACCUGACUGACGAACAAGUCAUCGACAAUGCUGGCGAGUUCUUCAGAGACCAGGGCAGACAGGUGUAUCUGGGCAAGCCUGCCGUGUGCCCUCAGGGUCUCCAUGAACUCAUGUUGAGCUGCUGGAACAGAGACUGCAAGCUCCGCCCAUCCUUUGGGUACAUCCACUCCUUCCUCACAGAGGAUGCCAUGAACAUGGUGUAAGACGCAUUGGCGGAGUCCACUGGUGGCGUUUAAAAAAAAACAACAGAUUUUGUUAUUUUUGGGUGGAGGGGGCUGCUGGAAGGGCUGCUGGUUCAGUUUACUCCCACACCAGACCCCCAGGGAACCGCAGUAACCGAGCUUGACAAGUGUAGAGCUGAGGCUGAGCUACAUGAUUUAGUGUAAUGUGGUGGGUGGUGGGUGCAUUCUGCAUUAGGAGCCUUUUCUUCUUCUUGGGACUUUUUUUCAGAAGGGGACACACAGGAAAUGAGGUAACAGGAAGUAUCUUCUCAUUUUUAGGUGUAGUGGUUCACAUAGCACAACUCCAUGCCCCAAUAAGUCAUCCUGUGAUCGACAGCUGAUCAAAGUUUAACCCUUCAGGAUAGCCCCCCCCCCCCCCCCAAUCCUGAACUGGAUAAGAAAGAGGUCAAGAAAAACGCAAUGUAGUGGUUCACAUAGUUGUCUUUCACGCAGCUGGUCCUAGCCUCUUGUCCAAAGUCAGCUGGGGUAAGCUUCAGCUCCCCUUGCCACGUUGAAAAUAGAUGUUAGGGGAUGAAACCUGUUGGUGUUGUAGUGGUUCACAUAGCUGCCUUGAGUUCAAUUCCUGGGCAGCCCGUCCAGGAUGACCUCCACCUUUUUAUGUAAGUCAGCUGGAAUGGACUCCCCCUGCAACCCUGAACAAGAUGAGAUGAGGGCUGUUGGGCGGGCGGUGUCGUGGUUUACGUCGCUGCCUGCGUUCUGUUCCUGGCAAAUCAGUCCAGUGUGACGCCCACCUGUCGCCCAAAGUCAGGAACAGACUUGGCACUAUAGAAACUGAUGUUGGGGAAUGAGAUCCAUUGAUGGUGUAAUGGUUCACAUGGCUGCCUCGGGCUCAAUUCCAAUCAGUCCUGGGUGUAGUCGGACCCCCCUGCCACUCUGAACAAGAGAAGUGGAUUGACAGAUGUUGGGAGAUGAGGGCCAUUGGCGAAUGUAGCGGUUUAUGUAGCUGCCUUCUACACAGCCCUCCCCUGGCUAGUAGCAAUCGGUCCAGUGUACCCCCACCUCUGUCCCCAAAGUCAGAAACAGGAUAAGUGGAAUAUAAAGCAGAUGAAUGUGGGAAGAUGAGGUCCAUUGGUGUUGUAGUGGUUCACAUAGCUGACUUGGGCUGAAUUCCUGGCCAAUUAGUCCUCCUGGGUUUAGUCCACGUCACGCCCCAAGUCUGGCAGCCCUGAACAGGAUACGGUGAGGCGUGUAGAACCACUUCUCCACUUUGUACUCAAAUGGGACUAUGUGACUAAAUGCAGACCAGACAAACUACAGUACACUUGCAGCCCCCAACAGCAUUUUUGAAGGGAAAAUGUGAUGACGAUGUGACAUGACCCUCCCUCCCCUUCAAGCAGAAAUGUCACUUCCAGUUUGGACAAGGAAACAAUUCCACAACCUCCUGCACUUUAACUCCAUCACACAUGUGACUGAUGAGCUGUUGCUAUGAUUCCUGCUUAUGUGGACUGAAGAGCAACGAAUGGACGACUGGAAGGACAUUGUUGGAUGUAAAAUAUUUUAAAAUGGCCGACACCCGAGGAUCUGCCCUGAGUGCUCUUUGACUGCCGAAAGUCUACGUUAUCGUCUACGCAUUGUACAGCACUGUUACUCAGUCCUCUACAUCAGUGGUUCUCAACUGGUUUGGCUGCGGGACCCACCAUCACCCAUCCAAUUGCCGACAUUUUUGAACGUAAACUUCUCAAACAUCUUAUUUAAUCCAUGACAUUUACUUAUUGAAAUUUGAAAUGUAGAAAGACUGUUUGCAACGAUUACGUGGUUGCCUAGAGGGCGCUAACUUUUAAACGUGUUGCAAGCAUUACAGUACAGGUAUAUCCUGCAUUCUUCCUGCUCCAAGCAUGUAAGCUGCACCCCAGGUAACCAUCUCUCACACACACACACACACACACACACACACACACACACACGCACAGGGCCUUUGCUAAGUGCUGGUGGUGUCAUUUUGAGCCAGUUGCAAACUGUCCCUUUAAUGAAAAGACAGAAAAAUGCAGUUUGAAUUUGACGUAGAAAGUCAAGAGAGCCCACGAUGUCACGAUCCCACUGAAAACUGCUCUGCCAACCACCUUGGGGUCGUGACCCACCAGUUGAGAAUCACUCCUCCACAUGAUCAAUGGAUAGUCGUUUACUGAUCACAAAUGGUUGCGGUGCCAUUUGAGUCCAUGUUUUUUGAUACACUGUAGUACAACUAAACAGUUUUUAUAGAUACUGUACAUGCUUUGUCUGUUGUUACAUGAAUAGUUUGUACAUAUUUUGAAUACAGAUCUGUAUUUUCCUGUACUAAUAUAUGGAAAACUCUCUUGUGAGAGUCUUCCGUAUCUUCUGUAGACACGCUUGCUACCUUGAUGCCGCAACCAUCCAUUGUGCUGUUUAUUUUUGUAGAUGUUUCAAUAAAGGUAAGACUUUUCGAAUAAAAAAAAAAACAAUAGCCG